AUGGAAAUUGAUACACAACAUAACGAGAAUAUCCAAGAAUUUCAAGUCGACGAUUCAAUAAUAAAUAAAGUCAACCAACUUAAGGAAAUUUUUGUUGUUGGAAAUGACCGACCUGAACCCGACCACAAGAUUUGUAAUACUAUUAUCAAAUGGAUCAAGGAUAACAAUCUUAUCGUCACAGAUGUGUUCGACAUGGUCAUGAAUCAAUGUCAUAAUCCAGAAUACUAUUCCCUUCUCGCUUUUUUAUACUUGAACAGAAUUGGAAAUACUGGUGGUAAUAAGGAAGCUUUUCAUUAUUAUAAGCUUGCCGCAGAGAAUGGCGAUUUACUCUCUCAACAGGAAUUGGGGACUUUUUAUAGUGGUGGUAGAGGAUGUAAGAAAGAUCAAAAAAAGGCUUUGUAUUGGUAUCAAAAAGCUGCGGAUGGAGGACUUGUCGUUGCCCAAUAUUAUCUCGGUUGUCUUUAUCUGAAUAUUUUUUUCGAUACUGAUAAAGGAAUCGAGUAUAUUACAAAGUCCGCUGAAGCUGGAUUUUCUGGUGCACAAGUGAAACUUGCUACGCUCUAUUUCAACGGUGACAAAACUAAGAUGAAUCUGCGAGCAGUUUUAUAUUGGUAUAAACGAGCGGCUAGUGACGGGUAUUUGCAUCUUGCAAAACUUUUCGCAUAUGGUACCGGCGUAAAUAAAGAUAUGCAUGAAGCUCUGCGUUACUUUUUAUUGCAUACAAAGAGCGAUGAUAGUCAACACGUAUUUAGACGUCCACUACAGGGAUUUUUGCUUGAGAACGUACUUGGGUAA